CUCCCAUCCAGCUAGAGAGAGCAAAACGAAAGGCACAUGAAUUUGUGGUAGUCGUGGACUACAUUGCUACCUUCCUUUUUCAUCGACCCAAAAAGAGCCAUUUUCCCAAGCCUUGGGUUUGUGUGUGGCUCUCUUUUCUUAUCCCUAUAUAUCUCCUGCAACCUUUGAUUCUUCCAAACCCUUUCCUGCUACACAUAGCAUGCCAUAUCUUCUUCAUUCGUUUCUAGUCAUUUCUAAGUUUCCCGGUAAACUGAAGGUGUUUCCUUGCAAUCUAAAGACCAUGUCAAGUCAAGAAACUGGCUCACCUGAAUUCCCAACUUGGCCGGAGUACAAACUUCCGGAUUUGUUAUCUACUGAAAGCGUUCGACAAGUCCAUGCAGCGAUUGAAAGCGAAUGGGAUCCUCUUCAACGGUCUGCGUGCCAAACAGCAGCUGGAAGAGCCUUGUGGAAGCAUGUGGUCCACGACCCGCUGGCAGACAUACUUGCAGGAGAGACGUACCUAAAAUCUCUCCAUGAGAAGAUAAAGAAAGACUGCGUCAACAAGGCACGAGAAAUCUCUGGGGUGAUUCUUGCAGUUCGAACACUCUGGUUCGAUUCAAAACUUGAAGCAGCACUCCAUUCCUUUGACAACAGAGAAGCACAAGUAGUUCUCCUUGGUGCAGGAAUGGAUGCAAGGGCUUACCGAUUGAGUUGCUUGAAGGAAAGUAAUGUGUUUGAAGUAGAUUUUCCUGACGUCUUGCAAAUCAAAGCUACUCUUCUGCAAGCAGCGAUGGAUUCUACAAAUGAUCACCAGUAUCUAAUGAUGACAGCAAAAUCCAUAACCAGAGUUGAGGCUGACAUCAGAAGCAAUGACUGGCUUGAAAAACUUCAAAUAUCAGGAUUUAUGCCAGAGAAGAACACAGUAUGGGUUCUGGAAGGUAUCUUGUACUACCUAACCCACCCUCAGGCCACGGAAGUAUUGAAAAUCAUAGCAGACAAGUGCUCUCUUACGCAAACAGUACUCUUGGCAGAUUUCAUGAACAAACCAUCAACCAGUCUUUCCAGCUCCAACUUUCAUUUCUACAGUGAUUGGCCCGAUCAUCUCCUGCCAUCUCUCGGCUUUUCUCAUGUUAAACUUUCACAAAUUGGUGAUCCAGAUGCUCAUUUUGGGCUCCUGCACGAUCCCUUAAAUCUGUUCAACAAACUCCGCAGCUUGCCUAGAUCAUUACAAACAAACCCAGAUGAUGGAACACCAUGUUGUCGCUUGUAUUUGGUUGAGGCUUCUGGUUCACCAAAGCAAAAUAUUCCAUAGAUGCCCAGAAAAAUGUUUACUGAAUAUCUCCAACUAGCUGCACAGUUUGUCUAGUCAGUACAUAUACAGCCAGAUGAUGGAACACUGCUAUAACAUGGUGUAGCCAUCUGAUUCAACCUAUUAGACCACUCUACAGGGACCAACACGCAUUGAUAAUCUGAUACCACUACUGUAAACUCAAGAUCAAAGCGGCAUAGGGGUGGCAUCAAUUUGUACUAAUGUCGAAGGACAAUAUAAUCCAUUUGAAUGCGAAACUGAAUUUGAGCAGUCAGACAGAUGCAAAAGCAAGCCAUGCAUAUAUUCAAAUAUAACUUUAGUUCAA